AUGCGAAUGAGUUUGGAUGCGAAGAACAAAUUGAGUUUUGUUGAUGGAUCGCUUCCUAGGCCAGAUAUUGCUGAUAAUUUGUUCAAGAUUUGGAGUCGAUGUAACAGUAUGGUGAAGGCGUGGUUGUUGAAUGUAGUGAAUAAGGAGAUAUAUGAUAGUAUUUUGUACUAUGAGGAUGCUGUUGAGAUGUGGAAUGAUUUGUAUUUGAGGUUUCGAGUGAGUAAUCUUCCGUGGAAGUAUCAACUCAAACAAUCUAUCAUGACCUCGAAGCAGGAGAACCUUGAUCUGUCAACAUAUUACACAAAGAAGAAGACGUUGUGGGAGCAGUUAGCGAACACAAGAACUACUACUGUGAAGCGUUGUAAUUGUGAUCAUGUCAAGGAGCUGGUAGAAGAAGCUAAAACGAGUAGGAUCAUUCAGUUUCUUAUGGGGCUUAAUGAGAGCUUUGCCAAUAUUCGUGGACAAAUAUUGAACAUGAAACCAAGACCGGGAUUAACAGAGAUAUACAACAUGCUUGAUCAGGAUGAGAGUCAGCGAUCUGUUGGUCACUCCUUGAAGAGCAUAGCUAAUCCAUCUGCAUUUCAGAUUCAGUCCUCUAAUCUUGCUGAGCAACCUCACACUCUCUUGGCUCAGACUGGCUACCCGAAACCUAAGUGUUCUCACUGUCACAAGAUGGGUCAUAUAGCUGACAAAUGCUACAAGUUACAUGGUUACCCUCCGGGUUCUGGUCCUUCAAAGUGA